AUGCCAUCUGUCAAACCAUGUCCUCGUUGUAGAGAGAAUGGUGAUGUGCAAGAGGAUCCGAGUGCAGGUAAUGUAGUGUGUCACACGUGUGGACAGAUCGUGGAAGAAGGAACACUGGUGUCGGAAGUGGGAUUUGCAGAAGGUUCAAAUGGACGAAUGCAUGUUGCAGGUUCUUACAUUAGUCAUAAUUCUACUGGAUUUGCGAAUGUCAGAAGUGGUUCAAAAGGUAUACAGAACACUGAAGGUAUUAAGACACAAGGUGCGAACAGAAUUGAUGGUGUAGCAAAGCAAAUGCAUAUAAACAAUCAAAUCACACGACAAGCUAAAAGUAUCUAUUCCAUUGCUGUUGACAAUAAAUUCAAUAGAGGUAGAAGAACGGAAUAUAUAGUGGCCAGCUGUUUAUAUUUAGCAUGUAGGAUAAAUAAGGAUUCUCACAUGUUGAUUGAUUUCAGUGAAAGAUUAAGUAUCAACGUUUACGAAUUAGGAGCUACCUAUUUAAAACUUCGAUCAAUAAUGAACUUGCCUCUUUCUCUGCCUGAAGUUGACCCUGCGAUUUACAAUCUACGAUUCGCUCAUAGAUUGGAUUUCGGCUCAUCGGUCAAUACGGUAGCGACUGAUGCUUCAAGAUUAGUCAGAAGGUUCAAGGCCGACUGGAUGACACAAGGUAGACGCCCUGCUGGUGUUUGUGGUGCAUGUCUAAUCAUCGCUGCGAGAAUGUCAAAUUUCUUAAGGACACCUGAUGAAGUUGCUCAAGUCGUAAAAGUUCAUCCUAAUACAAUAAAGAAAAGAUUAUUGGAAUUCGCUCAAACUGAUAUGGCUAGGAAAACAGUUGCCGAGUGGAGAAAUCUGACAGAUGAAGACCUGGAUAAACAGAGUGGAUUUGAAAAACCUCCAAUCGUGAAACAGAAUGAAAGGAAACAAAUUAAAAUUGAAAGGCUAAAAUCUCAACAACUUGACCUUUUAAAUUCUCACGAAGAUGACGAUUCCGAUGAGGAAGAUGAGCUCGACGCUCAAUCUAGAAAACGAUUCAAGGGUAAAGAAAAGGAAGGUGAUGAUAUCACUGGAGUAGUAGCUGCUGCCGCUCACGAUAUCCAAGAUGAAGUAAAUCCAGAAGAUAUACAAGUCGAAGAACAAGAAGAGGAAGAUGAUAACAUGGACCCUAUAUCCCAAGCUGAAUACGUACAUGAAUUAGAAUCAGCGAGAGACAACCCUGAAGAAUCAAAGGCGGACCGUUUGAGAGAAAGAUCAGCCUUUAUGAAACAAGUUAAAAGUUACCGAAACGCAGAAGUUGAAACAAUAUUAAAUGAUCCCGAUUUGGAAAUGCUAGCUUCAGAUAUAGAAGAUCUCGAUGAUGAUGAUGACGAUGAUGAUGAUGAUGAUGAUGAGGAUGAAGAAGGAGAACCUGCGACCCAAUUAAGAUCAAUAACGAAAGAAGAAGCUGAAUCAGGUAAACAUAAUGCCAGUGGUGGGGGUAGCACGAAAAAAGAAUUCAAUAAUUGGGAAAAUGAAGAUGCCGUUCUAGGAUAUUUGCAAAAAGAAUUGUUCAAAGGUGAAGAAUUGUUGUAUCAAGGAAAAAACAUGACUGAUCGUAUUAAGAUGUGGAUUGGUGCAAGAGAUCCGAAAGAAUUACUAAGAGAACUUGAGGUUGUACAAAAAGCAAGAUUGGAAAGGGAGAAACAAGCAAGAGUGAAAGAAAGUGAAUUUAACGAUUUAGAUGAUGAUGAAUUAGAGAAUUGUUAUCAGUUAGACGAAGAUGAAAAGCAAGCACGAGCUAGAAUGUGGCUGAGUACUAAUGGCAAAUGGUUGGACGAAGAAAAAAUCCGACUAGAGAAACGAGAAUUGGCGUUACGUGCUAAAGGGAUUGAUCCCUCCAAGCCCAAACAGAAGAGGAAACGUGCUACACCCCAUAAAGGACCUCAUGUCACACACACAGCCGCUAUCCAGACUUACACCAAACAGAAGCAAUUCUCUUCUCGAAUCAAUUAUAGUAUAUUGAACGCUCUCGGUAUAGGGAAGAAUGAAACUGCCGGCACAGAUGGGUUGAUGUCUAUGGAAGAUGAAAAGGGUGAAGAUGAUGAAGGCGGCUGGGAUGAAAAAGGCGAUGAGAAUGAUGAACCUUGGUAG